AUGUCGGGAAGCAAUUUGGAGACGAGAUCAUUGAUUGAAAAGCUGAGAAGCUUCGACAGCGGCGGUUUCUUCGAUCUCGGCCACCCUCUCCUUAACCGCAUGGCUGAAAGCUUCGUCAGAGCUGCUGGGGUAGCGGGGAAGCAUCAUUGGUUCCCGAAUCUUAGAGGUGCAGGUGGAAACUCUGUGGAAGCAUUGUCUGUACACGAAGAACCUCAUGGAAUUGGGGCGGUAUUGAUUUUGGGGCUCCUAGGCUACACCAAUGCUAGGUCCAGCGACCUCCUCGUCCCGGUUGGUGAUUCAUUCACCUUCAUCCCCAUCCUCGACUAUUAUGUUGUGUAUGAUAAUGCAAUGAACCUCUGA